CUCCUCAUGGGGUGGGAGACCCCACACCCUUUCCCUCUGGGUGUGUAAUGGCUUGCUUCUGUCUUAACUGAGCAAACUGUGCUCGUCUGCUUGUUGGGCUGAGUAUAGUACACAUUCUACCUGUUCUUGUUUUUGAUUUUUACAGUUUUUGCCUCCUUGAGAAACGCAUUUUUCAGUGAGGGCAAAAGCUGGGGGAACCUUGUUUUGAGCCUCUAGCCCCUGGUGGACAAGCAGCUAGGAUUCCUGGUUUUCAUCCAGGCCCCCCACCCUCACCCCAGGUCCAAUUCCUGGGCAGAGAACGAGGCUCUGGCUUCAAAUCACCUCUCACGGCUGACUCUUUCCAAGAUCAUUGGUGCUGAAACCCGGGAUUUCAAGAAUUCUGACACUGAGAGAACAAGUCCUGUAGAAGAACAUGACUUUCCCUGUGCUUAAGAUCACACUCUCAGACUGUUCUCUAGUUGCAGAGAGCAGCGGCGAGUCUCCAGUUGCCGCGUUCUGACUUCUCACUGAGGUGACUUCUCUUGCUGUGGACCAGAGGCUCUAGGGCUCCCUGGCCCCCCUAGGUGCUGCGGUUCCUGGGUCUGAGAGCACAGGUUUGAUUGUCAUGACACAUGAGCUUAGCUGUCACAUGGCAUGUGGGAUCUUCCAGGACCAGGGAUGGAACCUGUGUCUCUGCUAUCGGCAGGUGGAUAUUUAUCACUGAGCCACGAGGGAAGCUUUGAUUUAACUGCCUCUUUAAGGGGCUCCACCACUUUAGGGAGGAUGUCCACACCCUUUCUCUCCAGGUGUGUAUCUCUGCCUUGCUUCUGUCUUAACAAAACAGCUUCUGUCUGUGCUUUCCUGUUUGUUGUGCUGUGUCUCCGAUAAUACACUUUUUUUUUUUUUUUAAAUCAUUUUGCCUCCUUGAGAAAUGCAGUUUUCAAUGCAGGCAAGAGCCAGGGAAACCUUGUUUCUAGCCUCUAACCCCUGGUGGAUGGGCGGCUAGGAUUCCUGGUUUUCGUCCAGGCCACCCAGGUCCAGUUACUGAGCAGAGAACUAAGACUUUGCUUCCAGCCCCCACUCAUGGCUCUCUCUCUCUGUGUGUGUCUCUCUCUCUGCCUCUCUCUCUGAGAUCAACCCCAUUCAGUUUCAGAAGAUGGGAACUGCAAAUGAUUGGCAAGCAAAUCUUUGCCAUUCCAUGCUGACAAGUCUUUCAAAGGCAAGAAACUAUGUCAUAACAGCUCUUUUUUUCUGACAUAGGUCCCGUAAUCUAAACUAUUAUGAGCCAUGAAGGGAGAGGCAAAAGGCUUUUCUUCAGGAGAUGCUGAAGCUCCAACACUUUGGGUACCUGAUGUGAAGAGCUAACUCAUUUGAAAAGACCCUGAUGCUGGAAAGAUUGAAGGCAGGAGGAGAAGAGGACGACAGAGGGUUGGAUGGCAUCAGCGACUCGAUGGAUAUGAGUGUGAGCAAACUUUGGGAGAUAGUGAUGAACAGGAAAGCCUGGCAUCCAUGCAGUCCAUGGAGUUGCAAAGAGCUGGACAAAUGUUAGUGACUGAACUGAACUGAACAGAUGUUUAAGAAACCAAAUCUCAGAGACAGGGAACUUGUCAAUGUGUCUUUUUUUCACCUGCUCCCCAUCACUCCCCUGCUCCCUAGAACUGGACUCCCAGUGUCAAGGGCACAUGGACUUUCUUGACGGUUUGCCGUGUCAUUUUCUCAGCAGAUCUGAUCCUCUUCAACUUUAUCUAGGAUGUUGUGUCAGGAUGUUCACCAAUUUGGUCAAAAGCUGGUCCGCAGGCGGCUACUGGAGCCCAGGGAGGGGUUUGAGAGGCCCAAGGCUGAUCAUCUGAACACUCUGGACCUGGUGGCCUUGGGUGUGGGCAGCACCCUGGGAGCUGGUGUGUACAUCUUGGUUGGAGAAGUGGCUGUGUAUGAGGCUGGACCAGCAACUGUCAUCUGCUUCUUUGCGGCCGGAGUGUCAACUCUUUUGUCCGGGCUCUGCUAUGCAGAGUUGGCGGCCUGGGUACCACGCCCCGGUUCUGCGUAUCUCUACAGCUACAUCACCAUGGGUCAGCUGUGUGCCUUCAUCAUUGGCUGGAACCUCAUCCUGUCCUUUGUCAUGGCGACUGCCUGUGAGGCCAGAGCCUGGAGCUACGCCUUUGACAGCCUGAUUGGGAACCACAUCUCUCAGGCGUUACAGGAGAUGUUCUCUCUGCAUGUGCCCCACUUCCUGGCCACCUAUGUAGACUUUUUUGCCUUCGUCCUGGUGCUACUGCUCACAGGACUGCUGGUUCUGGGAGUUCAUGAGUCAGCCCUAGUUAGCAAAGUGUUCACAAGCUUGAACCUUUUGGUCCUCAGCUUCGUGAUCCUCUCUGGCUUCAUUAAGGGAGACCUGCACAACUGGAAGCUCACGAAUCAGGACUACUCACUGAACACACUGAACACAUCUGGAUACAGUGACAUCUCUAGCUUGGGCCCUCUGGGUUCUGGAGGGUUUGUGCCCUUUGGCUUUGAAGGGAUUCUUCAUGGAGCAGCGACAUGUUUCUAUGCUUUUGUUGGCUUUGAUGUCAUUGCCACUACAGGGGGUGAAGUCCCAAAUCCUCAUCGUUCCAUCCCCUUGGGCAUCGUGAUUUCACUCUCCAUCUGCUUUUUGACAUGUUUUGGUGUCUCGGCGGCACUUACCCUCAUGGUGCCCUACUACCAGAUUCAGCUUGAGAGCCCCUUGCCGCAGGCUUUUCUCCACGUUGGGUGGGGCCCUGCCAGAUAUGCUGUGGCUGUUGGCGCCCUCUGUGCUCUUACUUCCAGUCUCCUGGGUACCAUGUUCCCCAUGCCUCAGUUGAUCUGUGCAAUGGCAGAGGAUGGGCUCCUUUUCCAGGGACUUGCUCGGAUCUUUACCCACACAGGCACCCCCAUCCUGGCCAUCAUAUUUGCUGGAAGUCUUACAGGGGUCAUGACUUUACUCUUUGAGCUCAGUGAUCUUGUAGACCUCGUGUCAACUGCGAUGUUACUUGCUUACUCCUUGGUAGCAUUUUCUGUCCUUGUCCUCAGGUAUCAGCCAGACCAAAACUUAAGCACCAAUGAGGCAACAGAGGAGGAAAUUGAUAUUUCUCUGCUAGAAGCUAGUCGUUUUGAACCUGGGCCUGAAGCAAGACCCUCAAACAUUCUAAAGAGUCUCUGGUGCCCCAGUAACACCAUCCCCACUGUGAAAUCUGGGCAGAUUGUCUAUUGGUGUGCCUUCUUGCUUGUUCUCCUGCUGACCAUCCUGAGCCUGAUCCUGGCCCAGUGGCCCAGCCAGGUGUUCUCUGGAGACCCCGUGCUCACAACAGUGGCUGUGCUGCUGCUGCUGCUCAUCAUUGGGGUCACGGUCAUCAUCUGGAGGCAGCCCCAGAGCCCCUCUUCUGUUUACUUCAAGGUUCCUGCUCUGCCUGUCCUCCCACUGGUGAGCAUCUUUGUGAACGUUUACCUGAUGGUGCAGAUGGACACUGGGACCUGGGUCCUAUUUGGCAUUUGGAUGGGGAUUGGAUUUGCCAUAUACUUUGGAUAUGGGAUCAGACACAGCCUGGAGAACAGUGAGCCACAGCCACCAGCCUCCACCUUGCAGACUUGACAAAAACAUUCCUAGUGAUGAAUGAAUGAUGAAUCUGUUUCCACAGGAACAGAUGUUGUGUGGAAUCCUUCUAUGCACUGGAGGUAUUUUGUGGUUCAAGGGGCAUUUUGAGCCUCUAUGGAGCUUGAGGUUGGAAUGCAUUUAGAGCCCUGUGUUCAUUGGUAGUGGACAAAACGGCCUCAGAGUUGCAUAAUUUUAAGUUUUCAAAGCUUAGUAUGCAUGCAGAAAAGUGCAUGCUUCAUAAGUGAGUAGCAUGAUCAGUUUUCACAAAGAAAGUACAACAAUGGAAACAGCAACCUGAGGAACUAAUAAAAUAUUAAUGGGCACAUGAGAAAUAGUUUCUUGUGCCUCAUUUCCAGUGCAAACACAGAUUGUAAUCUGGGAAGGAAAUGCAGGUAACUAUAUAUUGUGUCAAAUGUUACACCUCAAAUAUUAGGACAGAAAUAAGUUGAAAGUAAGAAGAAGGGAACAUAUACACUAUGCCAAUAGUAACACAAGAAAGUUAAGAUAGCUAUAUUAAUACAGGAAAAAGUAGAAUUUAAGAAAAAGAUAAUAACAGAUAAAGUAGAUCAUUCAGUAAUGAUACAGGGAAAAAUUUCUCAUUUUUAUUUUUUCUCCCAGCUUUAUUGAGAUAUAGUGUAACAUUGUGUAAAUGAUCAUUUUUCUUUACUCUUGUUGCAGAACCUUAGAAUUACACAGUAAAGUUGAUGAGGAAAAGUUCUUAAUUGACUAAAAAAAAAAAACCAACCCACAACAGCAACACUUGCAUUGCUAGAGGAAGGGAAAUGGAAUGAGAGAUAACGGUUGUUUGAUACAUGCUUACAGUUGGGUGGAACUAAGAGAUAGAAAGUGAACCUGGAAAGUCAAGAUAAAAAGUGAUCACUGCAGACAGAAUGCUUGAAAUUGAGAUUACAUACUUUGACAAUGUUGGUAAUAAUGAAGCAUAGGAUUUUUUGUGGGAAUGAAAAACUGGAGAAGAGUGAAGGGGAGAUAAAGGUCAAGAAACUGAACAGCAAAAUUGUUAGCUGAAUUAAAAUAUAAAUGUAGGAGGAUUAACAGAAAUAGAAAUAUCACUGUCUUGCAAGUUCUAAUGAAAUUACAGUCUUAGGACACAAUUAAACUGGAGACUGACUUUGCUAGGUGAAACUUUGAUGGAACAGGUUGACAUCACCUGAUGAUCAUUCUACCCUUCCUGAUGUGGGACAACCAGACACCAAUAAAGAACACUUUCUGGAACAUAGCCCUGAUGAAAAGUUGAAUCAGAAUAUAAUUACAGAUGUAUAGAACAGACUUUAGGACUCUGUGGGAGAAGGAGAGGGUGGGAUGAUCUGAGAGAAUAGCACUGAAACAUGUAUAUUAUCAAUUGUGAAACAGAUCGCCAGUCCAGGUUUGAUGCAUGAGACAAGUGCUCAGGGCUGGUGCACUAGGAUGAG